ACAAAGGAAAAAAACAUCCUCUCUCGAUCCAUCCCCUAACGACGGAACCCGCAUAGGCACAUACGCACGCCACAGGUUCCUCAUCCUCCCCCCGAUUGCCCCAAUGCCACCUGCAAGCCAUGGGGGCCGCCCCCUAGAUGCAUUGCCGGUCCUUCUCCACGCGCCACCGCCUCCCUUACGAGGACACCCCGCCAUGGGUCUCAGUUGGCGCCACGACGGCCAUGGCCUCCCCACCCGCCGAUGCUCCAGAUCCAGCCAUCGUUGACCUCCUCUACAUCAGUUAUCCGUCAAGGUAGGGGGCGUGGCUCUAUUUAUCUUCCCGCGUGCACCGUGUCCGUGUAUCCUAGGGCAAGGGUGCUUGUGAGAUCGGGAGAUGAUCAAAAGGAGGAAGAGGAGAUCCAUGGUUGGGGAUACAUCCAACGACCUAGGCAUCAUCCUGACGUCGUACUCGAAGCCCGCAUCCACUGCCUCCUCAAUCUAUGUUAGUCUGCAGCAGCAAGGAGAUAGAAAGGAGGGUCAGCAUGAAUGGAACGUAUCCCCUUCCAGAGGACUCGCCCUAACUAGCCUGCACGGUGAUAGGGUAGCGUACAUGAACAGAAAAAUUGUAGAAGGCGAGGAGGACAAUAUGAGCGAGCAAACAUUAUGUGGGUAUUGAGAUAUCCACCUUCACCGGCAUCAUACGCUUGUCUGUGACCUCCCACCAGCGACGCCCUGAGGUCACCCACACAAGCGACCAAGCAAUUCCACGUUGUCACCCUGCUACUUCGCCAAGGACAUCAAGGAGGUCGUGGAUGAGAGCUACUGUCCUCCUCGGAGAACUUGCCAGUGCCCCAUGCGUAUGAAGAAGAGGGAAGACACUCGCAUGGAUGCUCAAGGAAAUACACCAGAUCGGGCGAGGUUAGAUUAAGUUUCUUCAUUCUUCACUAGCUUUUCUUGUGCCUUUAGGUAUUUUAGAUAAGUAUCAUACGCUGCCCGCAAUAUGUAAGGGAAACCAAAAAGGAAUACAAAAUAUUUAUGCUUCUUUGUAGUUGUCCAUUUGGUUCUAAACUUUGAUAAAUGACAGGCAUAUUUUACAUUAAUUAAUAAAUAACCUUGAUGCACACGUGAGUUGGUUUGCAAUGAAGUGGGCAAGUAUACAUGUUCUUGUUGACUAAAUAUUUUUCAUAAAUAUAGGGGUAUGAAGAUAAUUUGUUCUUUCUUUACUCCGUUGACAACGGGUAAUGAUCUUUUUGUGUUUCAGAGUGUUACGCGAUUUAUCAAGGGGAACAAAGAUGCAUAAUUUUCCUAAUCUUUUUAUUAUUGGUUGUUCCAUGCAUCUUCGGGGUAGAACAUGAGUUUUUCCUUGCAUACUUAUCCAUGCCUGAUGGCACUACACCGCAUUAGCAUACUUUAAGUUUUUCCUUGUAUUAUCUCCUAUUCAGGGUAGAAAUGCUCGGAACAAAGAAAUGAUGAAUUGUAGUGCAGUCAUUCUUGUAGUUAAAGACUAUGAAUUAAACCGAGGCGCUUAGUCGAUCAUCGGAGAAACAAGCAAUCAUAAGAGGCACGCCAUCGAGAUUUGUUAACGAGGUUCACUGAUAUGGCUACAUCCUCGGGGAUUGAUUACGGGCGCUCCUCCCUGUAACACCGCUACAAUACCGCACCACAGCUGCUCGGGCGCUUGGUGCCAGUUGUGGGCUACGACGUAAGUCGAUAGAGAGUCGAAGCCUAUUCAGGGGGGAAAGCGAGGUACACGUAAUUCAGACUGGAGCCCGGUAUUUUGAUGGAAACAUGAAACUCGUCAUCCCUGAGACUCAACCGGGACAGCAGAGGCUCGAUGCGGUAAUAGCGAUGAGGCGUGGGACGCGCACAUGACAUGGAGACGGGCCAAGGCUCCGGUGGUCAUACAUGGGGUGAGACAAUUGCAAAUUUGGCGGGAUGAGGACAAGCGAUAGUGAAAUUCCUUCAAGUUUCAGACACGUGGUCAAGGAAGAGCGGUGAUGUUGAGUUUAGGUAACUCUAGGACAACUCCACCGCGCGACCCCAUCCCGUCCGGCCCCGUCCGUUUGGGGUAAAAGGGACAAACCGGCCGGCCCAGCGCGCGACGACCCCGACCCAUCUGGUCCAUUUUGUGUCCGGGCCGACCCAUUUCGAGCGCAAACAUGCGCUGGGUUUGGGUCGCGGUGGACAACAAACGGACGUGUCGCUCGUCCGCGUCGGGGCCGCGUGCCAGGCGGCCACCUACCUCCCACCCGCCAACAUCAAUGCGCACGCGCGGCCGGCCCUGCCUGUCAUCCGCCCAGGCGAACGGUCGCCGUCCCUCUUAAAUGGGGAAGCUGUGGACCGGUCGUCGUCCACACUUCCCACUCCGGCCCUUUCUGCCCCCUCGAAACCCGACACCCCCAAACCCCCAAACCCUAGCCUCGAACUCGCCGGCCGCCUCGCAGCCAUGGGGCUAUGGAACCACGGCUGCAAGGGGAAGCACGACCGCGAGGCCGGCUCCUCCUCGGGAUGCCACCGCGGCUCUAUGAAAGAGGAGGCCGCAUCGCCGCCGCGCACCUCCUGUCGGGGCGCCCCGCCUGCUCCAUUCACCAUCGCCCCUAGGGCCACCGGCGAGCGCGACCGGCAGUACCUCAACGCCGACGUAUGUCGACGUUAUUGGGAGACGCGGACACCGGUCCCGUGGAGUGACGUCCACCUCCCCAACAACUGGCACCUCUCCGCCGAUCGGGUCCCAAUCCCGCCGGUCCCGAUGAGCGGCCGUGCGCGCCGUGGUGAGAUCGAGCGCCGCCGCCGCCUCCUCCCCGACGACCUCUACUACGAUAAUAGGUACGCCCUCAACUCCGUGCUCUGGGACACAUGGCUCCAGGACGGGCACGACGUGCGGCGCGCCUCCUACUUUGCCGGCACGGCGUCGGGGCCGCGGCGGCCACGUCGGGAGGUGCACGGGCGUACGCGGGUGCGCGGCCUCACGCCCACGCCGUCGCCGCCUUCCCCAUAUCCGUCGCCGCCUCCACCUCCUCGCAUGACAGCGGAGGAGGAGGCCCGGCUCAUGUAACGUGCCAUGGAGGACUCCAUGAACACGCAUGAUGAGCGACAAUGGACGGGCCUCGAGGAGACGAUGGCCCUCUCUGCGGCCGGCAACGUCGCCAUCUCCGAGCUGGAGAUGGUGGCGGUGGAGGAGGUGAUGGAGGAGGCGCCGGUGGUUGCGUUCCACCCGGGCCUGGUGGGCCAGCAGUGGAGCUGGUCUUGCACAGCUCCGGAGUUGGCAGACGCCGUGGGGGGCGUGAACUGGUACCCCACGCCGCCGCGGUCACCAGAGUGGGAGGCGUCGCCACGGGAGGAGGUGGUGCAGGCACCUGCCGCCUUCCAGCCCGCCCUCAUCUACCACGCACCGCCGGCCCACCUCUAGACGCCGUCGGACUACGUCGACCUCGUCAGCGACGACGACGACACUGGCGGCCACUGAAGACGGCGACGACAUCGACGAGCACGGCAGGAGCGCGCGAGCGACGGCCGUUUUAUUUUUUUAUGUUAAUUAUGGCAAUGUGAACCGUGAAACUGGACGUUUUGUGGCCGUGAACCCUAACUUAUGUUUUAUGUUUUUUUAUUUGUGUUUAUUUACUUUUUUAGGCAUUUUAUUUUAGUUUUUCUGUUUUUUUAAUCACGU